CUCAGUACCUUCCUCUACCAGCCGCAUAGUAUGAGCUCCCUUAUCUCCGAGCAGACGCAGAACGAUACAGAUGGUUUCAUUAGGGUAUCCCGCUUCAUGCUGACCGAAGCUGCUGUUGUCUAGGAACAUUCUCCCCCACUGUUAGCGGUUGUGUAUUUUUUUUUUUGGAUGCGCCAUGCAAUCUCGUUGGUGGAGUUGUGGCAGUCGGCUGGUGGCAUGGACGUGGGUUUGGAGUGUGGCAUUGCUCGGAGCGUGGUGCAUCCCCGCAAAUGAAGUGAACCUGCUGGAUUCUCGCUCUGUGAUGGGAGACCUUGGAUGGGUGGCCUAUCCUAAGAAUGGGUGGGAGGAGAUCGGGGAGGUAGACGAGGACUAUGCUCCAAUCCACACUUACCAAGUGUGCCGCGUCAUGGAGCAGAACCAGAACAACUGGCUCCACACCAACUGGAUCCUGACUGAGGGAGCCCAGCGGGUCUUCAUCGAGCUCAAGUUCACCCUAAGAGACUGCAAUAGCCUGCCCGGGGGAGUGGGGACCUGCAAGGAGACGUUUAACAUGUAUUACUACGAAACUAACGGGGAUGACGACGAAAUGGAGGAAGGAGAGAUGAGAGAUGGAACGGGGAUGACGGAGGAGGAAGACAGGGCAAUGAAGGAGAGCAGAUACAUCAAAAUCGACACCAUAGCAGCUGAUGAGAGCUUCACCGAGCUGGAUCUGGGGGACCGCGUGAUGAAGCUCAACACUGAAGUCCGCGAUUUAGGUCCCUUGACCCGGAAGGGCUUCUACCUGGCAUUCCAGGAUUUGGGGGCCUGUAUUGCUUUAGUUUCAGUGCGUGUUUUCUACAAACGCUGCCCGUUUCUGGUCAAGAGUUUGGCCGAGUUCCCCGGCACCAUCCCGGGCUCAGAGGCCUCGCAGCUGGUGGAGGUAGUGGGCCGCUGCGUCAAUAACUCCCUGCCUCUGUAUGAGCCUCCCAGGAUGCAUUGCAGCACGGAGGGAGAAUGGCUGGUGCCCAUCGGCAAGUGUGUGUGCCAGACAGGAUUUGAGGAAAUCAACGGAUCCUGUCAAGUCUGCAAAGUGGGGUUUUACCGUUCGCUGCUGGAGUCUUUGGCCUGCAGUAAAUGUCCACCCCACAGUGUGGCCAGGCAGACAGGAGCCACUGCUUGCAGCUGUGAAGAUGGAUACUAUAAGAUUGACUCUGACCCUCCCAAUAUGGCCUGCACACGCCCUCCCUCUGCUCCACGUAAUGCCAUUUCCAAUGUCAACGAGACUAGCGUUUUUCUGGAGUGGUCAGUCCCCAUGGAAACCGGUGGCAGGAAGGAUGUGCGCUACAACAUCCUGUGCAGACGGGUCUUGCCAGAUGGAAGGGGCUUGGAAGAAUGCGGCCCCAACGUACGUUUUUUGCCACGCCGCAUCGGCGUGUCAAACACCUCCGUGAUGGUGGCCGACCUGCAGUCACACACCAACUACAGCUUUCUGCUGGAGGCUGUCAAUGGGGUGUCAGAGCUGGCCAAAGACCACGCAAAGCAGUAUGUGUCACUUAAUGUGACAACCAAUCAGGCAGCACCCUCCCCAGUGAGUGUGGUGAGAAAAGAUCAUACUGGAAAGAGCAGCAUCGCUAUUUCUUGGGCGGAGCCUGAUCGCCCCAAUGGUAUCAUCCUGGAGUACGAGAUCAAGUAUUUUGAAAAGGAGCAGGACUCGAGUUACACUAUUAUUAAAUCCAAGGAGACUGAGAUGGUGGUGGAAGGGCUGAAGCCCUCUUCAGUCUACAUCUUCCAGGUGCGAGCCAGGACCUCAGCAGGCUAUGGCGCAUUCAGCCGACGUUUUGAAUUCCAGACAAGCCCUUACUUAACAGCUACCAGUGAGCGUGCUCAAGCUUCAAUAGUCGUCGUGGCCAUCACGUUGGCUCUGGUCCUGCUGGCAGUAGUCGCUGGAUUCCUGCUCAGUGGACGGCGGUGUGGCUACAGCAAAGCAAAGCAGGAUCCUGAAGAGGAGAAGAUGCACUUCCACAAUGGUCACAUAAAGUUCCCGGGGGUGCGUACCUACAUUGACCCCCUCACCUAUGAAGAUCCCAACCAGGCAGUGCAUGAAUUUACCCAGGAGAUCGACGUCUCAUUCAUCUCCAUAGAGAGGAUCAUCGGAGCUGGGGAGUUUGGCGAGGUGUGCAGCGGACCACUGAGGCUGCCUGGGAAGAGAGAGAUCCAGGUUGCCAUAAAGACCUUGAAAGCAGGCUACACAGAGCAGCAGAGACGCGACUUCCUGUGGGAGGCAUCAAUCAUGGGCCAGUUUAACCAUCCAAACAUCAUCCACCUGGAGGGCGUGGUCACAAAGAGCAAGCCAGUGAUGAUCAUCACUGAAUACAUGGAGAAUGGAUCACUGGACACUUUCCUCAAGAAAAAUGAUGGUCAGUUUACCGUAAUCCAGCUGGUUGGUAUGCUGCGUGGCAUUGCGUCUGGCAUGAGAUACCUCUCCGACAUGGGCUAUGUCCACCGUGAUCUUGCAGCUCGUAACAUCCUGGUCAACAGCAACCUUGUUUGUAAAGUGUCUGAUUUUGGCCUGUCCCGGGUCCUGGAAGAUGACCCGGAGGCUGCGUACACCACGCGGGGCGGGAAGAUUCCUAUUCGCUGGACGGCUCCAGAGGCGAUUGCAUACAGGAAGUUUACCUCUGCCAGCGAUGUGUGGAGUUACGGAAUUGUCAUGUGGGAGGUGAUGUCAUAUGGAGAGAGGCCGUACUGGGAGAUGUCCAAUCAAGAUGUAAUAAAGGCAGUAGAGGAAAGCUACAGGUUGCCCGGUCCUAUGGACUGUCCUGAGGCUCUGUACCACCUUAUGAUGGACUGUUGGCAACGAGAACGCAGCAACCGGCCCAAGUUUGAUGAGAUUGUCUGUCUACUAGACAAACUCAUUCGAAACCCUAGCUCAUUAAAAAAACUGGUCAACUCCUCACACAGGGUUUCAAACCUGUUAGUGGAGCAUGCCAGUGUAGAAGGGGGCUGCAGCACUCGGAGCCAGACCGUAGGGGAGUGGCUCGACUCCAUCAAGAUGGGUCGUUACACUGAGCUUUUUAUGGAAGGAGGUUACUCUUCACUGGAGACGGUGGCUCAGAUGACAUCAGAAGAUUUGCGAAGAGUAGGAGUAAACCUGGCUGGACAUCAGAAAAAAAUCAUCACUAGCAUUCAGGAGAUGAGAGUCCAUAUGAACAACACCAACUCUACUGUAAACAUCUGAUGCAUAUGUACAGGCACACGCACACACACACGCACACAUAUAAACAUACACACAAUAUAUGGACCUAGUAUGUGACGAAAAGACUCGGAUUUGCUGUUGGACCUAGAGCGGCUAAGCACUUUCUAUGGACAAGGAAACCCAGUGUUUAUGGAUCUAAACUGGGGGGCCCACAUUUUUGUGGUUCUUUGUGUGUGCAGUUUGCUUGUGGUGUCAUUGGGGAUAUUUGACAUUGCAGCACUAAAACCAAACUGAACUGAACUGAGUGUUGCUACAUGAAGGGAAUAUGAUGGUGAGCUUAACUGAACUGGACUCAAGUGAAGACUUUUCAUUCUAUUUAUUCCAUUUCUGUGAAUCUUGGGGAUUCUGAUAUCUCUGUGCACUGUUUGGAUUCUCUCAGAUCAAAAUGAAACAUCGACUGCAGAUCUGGCUCUGAGAGCAACCAGCACUUUCUUUGGCUGUAUCACAAUUAUGGGAGUUUCAUGCAGUGGGCUCAAACUGAACUUCUUCAGCCUGUCUCAGGUGAUCUGAACCCAGUGGAUCUGAACAGUACUGACUUUUUUCUCUCGCAAUUUUCUCUAGAAUUACAGUUCCAUGAUAAUUAAUUGAAUUGAACGGCAUUCUCAGGCAGGGUAAACAUGUAAUUAUGGACCAAGAGCAAAGUCUUCAUUCAUUUUAGUCUUUGCUAUGCCACGCUGAUGUGCUUUGGAUUUAGUUGAUGACCGUUUGGCAAGUCUUCAAGUGACACUACUGCUGUUGUAAUCCAGCUGUACUGCUCACGGUCCAGACUCGCAUUCAACAUCAUAUACUUCAUUAUCUUCCAAAGCAAUUCAAGACAGGAGUACAUAUUGCAAGAGUCAUUGUUUAGAGAGGCUGCAAUUUAAAAUACUGCAGUCAUUGACAAGGAGACCUUCUGGGUCUCGCUUUUUCCAGAAGAGAUGGGUCUUAUUGAACCUACAAAAGAAAAGUGUGAAAAGUUAGGCUUUAGGCAUUAGGAUCCUCUCUAUAUCUGUAUUUCUGGCUGAAUGUAUAGCACUACACUAUUACAUAGAACACAGCGCUCAGUUGCAGCAUCAACCUGUUAUGUUUGAUAUGUAAAUGCUGUCAAAUAGGGAUAGAAUGUGGAAAUAGAACCAUUCUUGUCCUUAAAACCAGCCUCUGAAUGAAGCUGCAGAUUGUGUAAGAGAUUCAGCUUUCCAUCAUCUUUGCUUUGAAAAUCUGCAGGAAUCUCCACUGAGAUCUUGAUUGGUUCCUACAGAACUGAGCUCAACUCCUAAACCAUCCAGUUUCUAAUUGAUAGUUGCUUCAUAUAGUGGAUACACGAACUUUCAGUUUCCCUGCAACCUUCGUGUAGGUUCUAGCGAAAACAUCACACAUGCAAAUCAGUAACACAGCUUCAAUCAGAGUCUAUCAGGACUAUUUACUGGAACUUUUGCGCAGACACAAAUGGAUUCUUCACCCAUAUUCUGAUGAUCUCAUGCAGUUUCUACAUCGGACAUUCAAAUGGAAGUCACACAGGACAUUUCACAUCAUGUUCAAAGGCACUUCCAGUAGGAUUUAGCUCGAACAUUCAGUCCAGUGGAAAUGUCAUUCAUGGAAAGUUCAGUCGAACCUGAUGGAACAGUUGUUUGUGUAAAAAUGGAACUGCCAUUCAGAUACUCCUGGAAAGGAUCUCCAAGAUCCUAGUGGGACUGUUUACUGAUCUUCUAAUGGAAUUUCUACUAGAAUCCCAAUGCAGCCUUCACUCAAGAGUACACUCAGAUUUUCAUGGAGCCUUCAAUUAGAACCAACAACCUUCAGGUACGGCAGAAAACCCUCAGUAAUCUGUUCAGUCCACCAGUCUACACCACACGUCUGCCACACCACAAUAAACCUCACUCGUACAGGACUGCUGAAAAUAAGGAGGCAAUAUUGAUCAACUUGAUAAUCAUUUAUUUAUUUAUACUUGUUUAAAAAAAAUGAGCAAAAAUUAUGUAGACGGUUUGUGUUUCAUCAUAAUACUCUCUGUUGGACUACUGAGCAGCUCUGCCUACAUGUCUUUCAUGUAUAUAAUGUAUUAUAUAUUUAAAGCAGGGAGCUUUGUUCUUCUGUCUACCAUCAUGUGGACAAGUUGGUAUUGAUCAAGCAUCUCAGAGUAGUACACAUUAGUAAAUAGUGACAAAUAUUCUAAAUCAGCAUUCCUGCUACAUAGACCUGGGCCAAUGUCAGGUGGGGGCAACCAGCACAUCUGUCCCCACGUAAGGGUGCCCUAAAGGGUAUGCAGAAUUAUCAGAUAUUCAUGUUAUGUUGUUGGUGAUUGUGUUUCAUUUCAAGUUUUGAUGCAAGACCUAGAAAUAUUUUCAGCGGCCCUAAAUGAGACAACAAUAAAUACUCUGUUGUCUCUAAAAGAUGGAGAAGUAUGCACAAGGAUUAAUAUGUGAACUUCUAGUAUGUAGGUAGAUAUACAAUGAUGUCAAUGAUCAAGCCCUUGUUUAACUUUUUUGGUAUGCUCUGUUAUACAUUGCUACUCAGUGCUUUAUUGCUAAAACUUGACCGUUUCACCGUUGUGUUCACUGAAGCAGGAACUGAGUUAUGACAGUAUAUAUAUCCAUCCUCUUUGCAGAUGACAUGCUAAUAUUUUUCUUGGUUAAAAACAGUGUACUGCUAGUGCUGUGGCAUAAGAGUGGAAACAAAAUGAGAUUGUAAAGCUAGUUUUAUAAGAGGUGGUAUCACUUGACUGUAUGAAAAGCAUAGAAAAGCACAUAAGAAGAAUGUAAGGUUUUAAAGGGGUAUUUCACUUUUUUAGAAAACAUGUUUCGCUUUAAAACACUCUGACUUCCAUGAGUUCAAGAGGAGUCAAAGUAAAAGACUUCUUUGGUGGUAAAAACCCACCUCACUCAUGGCUUUUAAGCUUUUACACCUGCUGUCAAGUUCAAGAUCAUCCUUCUUGACUGGUUUCAUAAAAGAAUGUGAGUGGGCAACGGUCACAAGUGUUAUGCGUAUGUGUAUUUAAAAAUUAAAAUGUUCUACCAGAGUGAAAGUUCACUUGAAAGAUAAACAUCUGCAUAGUCUCUUUAGUCUACAUUUAUCAUUGUGGAGCUUGUACGUUAAUAUACUAUAUUGUAGUUUUAAUGGUGGGGAACAGUAGCUAUUUUGCAAUAUUAAAUGUGUGGUUUUGUACCUUUUUUUAAGCCACAGUGUAAAUUUUUUAUUCAAGUAGGUCUUAUUUAUGUCUUCAAAAAAACUCUUUGGCACUAAAACAUAUAUACUGUAUGUAGACUAUUGUGGCUAUGCAGAUCUUUAAUUUAGCGGGGGAAUGCAUCAGUGAUAUGGUGCACCUUUUAUAUAGACAAUAUAAGGCAUGUACAGUGAAAGUUAUCAUGCUGGGUGCUUUUAAUUCACCAUCCAGCAUGUAUUCAAUUAAAACUUCUUCAGCCGUAUGAAUACCAUAGGCGUUUGAUGAAGUCUCACAGUGUUUUGAUCCUGUCCAAAUUUCAUGGUAUUGGCUUUUUACAACCACCCUUCUCAACUUAAUUUUCAACUUAAAGCCUAUGCCUGGGGCAUGAACAAUUGGUGAAUAGUACACCCUUAUAAGUGCCUCUCAUCUUUCAAGCACCAUUAUGUCCUCCCCCUGCCAAAAUGCUAUGCCCCAAUUGUGCCCCAACUUUCUAUGUAUUUGCUUUUUGCCAACAAUAUCUACAGGCAAUAACAAGAAUGUCAGACAAUGUGUAUGUUGGAACUAAUUUAAUUUGCACUUUAUGAGAAAUCUGUUGCCCUUUUGUUUGACUAAAAAUGUCUAUAGGUGACUGACUUUUUAGUGUCAAAGUUUUCUUAAUUAUUUACUAUGUAAUUACUAUAAUUACUGUGUUCCAUUAUGCUGAUUAUAUCACUUCAUAUUCUCAAUGCUUCCGCAAUUUGACAGUUAAGCACAAAGCAUUGGUAAUAUUUUUAAAAACAAAUCAAAGCUAUAUAUAUAUAUGGAAAACUAAAGCAUCAUUGAUGUAGAGCACCAUUUUCUUGUGUACGGCACAACGAUACACCUUCAGAACGUAAGCACAGGGUUUGACAGAAAUCUUAUAGGACAACAAGCGGAUGAUAGGAUUUUGUACAAAGGUCAAUAGCACUAGCCCUUGAUGUCAACAAACUUCAGCCAGACAUUUUGUUUUACCAUUUUUAGCAUUACCACUUUUAAGUACAAAAGUGUAAAAACAGGUAUUGAUUUGUUCUCAGUGCAAGCAACAAUAAAAAAUACAGUUUAAUGAUAGGUCUUGCUGCGCAAAUAUCUUAAUUCAUUCAAAUGAUUUAUUCUCAGCACUUUUGCAAUGGCAUGAUUUUAUCCUGGCCGUCUCUUAUUAAGCAAUUCUCAUUCAGCAGGAAGAAACAAAGCACAGCAAACCAGCAGAGACUGAGAUUUUUGAUGUGUUGUUACUCGACAAUGACUGUCAGCUGGGACUCCAUCAACCAUGCAGUGAAGUGUUUAUGCAGGAGCCAAUUUUUUUGUGUUAAAUUAGGUUACAUAAAACCUUUGACGUAACAUCAGAAUCAGCAACAAAUUUUUAUAAGUUCUUGCAUUCCUACACAUUGGAGUUUUCAGAAUUGGCUCCUUUAAAAAAAAAAAAAAAAAAAAAAAGCACUGCAUACAUCGUUAGAUAGGAGGUCUGAUUCUAGCAUAUGUACAAAAGCAAUACCUGAUAUUAAUAGCAAAAAAUCAUAUUUGCAUACACAAAUGUGUGAGGAUAUGACAACCGUAAAAGGUUGUACUGGCAUCCUAAUAGUUUUAAGACACUUCAUAAUGAUGAAAAACAUAGUGUUGGUGUCUUUAAAAACCUCAGAAAUAAAGCAGAGAAGUGGGCGGGGUUAUGUCUGGGCAGUGACAGUCCUAAUGACUUCCUUAGACUAUAUAACUAUUUCUGACAAGCUGUUUGAGCAUUUCCAAUAAGUAGACAGUAUGGCAUUUCUUUCAGUUGAAUCAUCAGCUCCAGACAAUGAGCAACUGUGCUGAUAAAAAGUCAAAUGCACAAGGAUGUUUGGAAUAACCUUAAACUGAUUUCACAUCGCUAGCUGACAUCUUUGUCAUGGCAACAGCUAAUGAGGUGUGUGGGUAAUGUAGUAUGUUGUGCUACUGACGAACCACAUUGUGGGAAAAGGACUGUUUCUCAGAAGCCACUGUGAGUUGAAACAUUUACAACCAGUAUAUGGGUAAAAAACUCCAGUGUUUGUGUGAUGAGUUACAUUGAGAUUUUUGCUAAAAGUAAACUUCAAAUUUGCAUAUUUGCAGUGGGGAAAAUACUUCUCUACCAAUGGCUCCGCCCACUUCAUAACUGUAUAGUUAACUUCUCAGGAAGUGGAAAAUAGGUACAUUUGUUGGGUUGUGACACAUUUGGUCUUAGGGAAAAUGUGCAGCUUUCACUCAAAGUGUCAACAUACACAAGCAAGUAUGCGGUUAUUAGGUUUUCCCCAGGUAAAAGACGAUCAUGUUAUCAGUAACUCACAUAUAAGGUUUUAACAACGGAAUAACUGUUUUGUGAUUCUUUGAAAGCACAGUAAAAAUACUUAGCUAUUGAUGUGCUAUUGAUUUGUCUUUGAGACUGUCAUGUAUUAUGUUUGUGUUGAUGUUUUUGUAGUGUGUUAUCAAAUUCUAUAUUUUUGCAAUAAAACAUCUUAAAAAUCA